AUAGUACAUAAAAUAUAUAUUUCAAAAUAUUGAGAUUAUAAUCAAAAAAUGGCCGCCGCAACGAAGCGCAUCUAUGAGCCACGCGUCAAAUAUCCAGAUCGUACCAAAUCCAAUGACAAUGCAUUUUCGGGUUUGAAUAUUUUCAUUAACAAACUAGAGACGGCUUUGUUGUUGCUCAGUUCCAAGGAAGAUGCCGUUUUGCAGACUGUACUCAAUAACCUAACGGAAUUCGCACGCAAAGUGGAUGACAAUAUAUUGGAACUGAAAGAGCAACGUUUAUUGGAAUUGUUACUGGAAAAAGAGUUUUUUAUUGAUUCAAGUAAUGUGAUAAUACGACGAUUUGCUUUAUAUCUUAUCACUGCUAUACUGGAUCACACUGAAUUGGGGGAAUACGAAACAGAGAAAACCUCACAAUUGUUGGACGUGAGUUACCGUUAUUAUCUGAAGGAUAACGAUGACUUUUGUGUGGAAUAUCUGACUUAUAUAAUUAACUUGUGUCUGCGAGAUCCGCAAGUGGCACAGAAUAUACUCGAAAACAUUGAAUUUCUUGAAAAGUUUAAGAAUAUUUUCAAUAACUCGGAUAAUCCCGAUACCGUGUUCAAUUCUAUUGAAGCAUUGCACAAAAUUCUGCAGGUUCAGAGCGCCGAGGAGAUGUUGCAGUUUACGACACUUCCAGGAUUUCCGGUGGAUCGCAUUAUCUGUGAGUUGACCAACGAGUUUCUGGAGAUUCGCCUGGCCUCGCUGAAGGUGCUAAAGACUCUGCUGGCCGAUACCAGCGAUGAGAGUGUCUUUGAGCCACUGCACCGUUGCUUCUUUGUGCUGCAGCAGCUGGUCAAGGCGUUCUGCGAUAAUCCUCAGGCUGCCGAUGCCCUCGGCAUCAUCGAGGCCCUGGCAACGGCUCUGCGAUCUGAGAAAAUGACUAAGCUCUUCUUUGAGCAGAAUCUCUUCGAGCAGAUGGUGGAGCAACUGAGGCUGGACAUGGAAAUUCUGCUUCCCAAUGUCGUUUGCACCAUUAUCUCCAUAUUCGCCGAGGCGGCCAAGUAUCAACAGUUUCUGGGCAGGAUGCACAACGCGGACAUUACCGAGAUGUUCAUCAACUGCCUUAUGAAGAGUAAGCCCGAACCGGCUCCCUAUGUCAUCAUGGGUCUCAAUCGCAUGAUUGAGCAUCCGGAGGCAUUGCGCAUCGUUGUGGCCGAAUAUGAGAAAGGUGUUUUGACCCACCUGGUUAACCUCAUCCGAUCACCACAGAUCUCGAUCAAGACCCGAGAACAGUCCGCCGAACUUGUCGGCCAUUUGUUGACCAGCUCCUUCCGUGUGACGGCCGAGCAGCUGAUGCAAAUGGACAUUGCCUCAGGAAUGGCGAAGACCAUACAGCAGGGACUGCCGGAGUUAUCCAUAGAUUUGAUACUAUCCAUACUCUCCAUUAUCGAAGGACUCGCCAGCAAUGAUGAGUAUCGCUCGAUUCUGGGCACAAGUAUUCCACUCACCGAGCAAAUUGCACAGCUUCUCAUGCGUUCCUAUGCCCAUGCCAUCCUGGUGCACAACAUAUUUCGCUGCCUGUGCACCAUUAUCGACGAGGAGCCCGCCCGUUUGACAUUGCUCAGCAAUUAUAUAGUGUCCUCAAUCAAGCGUGCUCUUAAAUCGCUGUCCAAUCUGGUGAAGACGGCUGUUACCAACUUCAUACUGCAGACAACUCGCUUCAAUGAAUUCGUGGAUGCCUACAUAGAUCGUGGCGUACUCGAAGUUCUGCUGAUGUACCAGAAACAUGCCUUCUGUGUGUCCACCUGGGGACCGGCCAUCGAGAGCAUCUUGUCCAAGUGUCCAACCAUGAAAUUCUGCAUCCGUAAUUGUCUCACCUUCACGGACAUUACGGCUGGCAAGGAUUUUUAUGUGUCGAAACGCAAGUUUGAAGAUUUUCGCCAGUUUCAGUGUCUGCUGUGCACCGACUGCUCUCCCCUGGAGGCUGUGCUUGUGGUGAACUUUGAUCGCCCCGUUGCCGAUGAAAGUGAUGUGAUCUGUGUGCCGGAUCAUUGUCUGCACGGGAUCGAUGGCGCGGGAGAUAGCAAGUGGCACUACUGCAAGCGUCCUGGAGAUGCCAGGCUUCCCGAAUAUCUGGAGGCUCUCAAUCAGACAUUGGCUAUACAUGGUCUGGUGGAGAAUCCUGACAGAAUUCGACGCAGCAUUGACUUUGAUAACGUGGCCAAGCGCUGUAAGAUAAUUGCCGAGGCCGUUAACGGCGUGAUGUGCGAGAACAUCAAGAUACUGGAUCUGAACACCACCGAGGAGUGUUCCCGCCACACGGUCCGUUGCCAUCUGCAGGAACUGCGCUAUGUCUAUCACACCAAUUUUAUUCCAAUCGGCGAGGUGCGCAGUGGAUGUCAGUUUGAGCGUGCCAUACUCUUCAAGUGCUUUGCCGAUCAGAUCGGUUUGCCCUGCACCCUGCAGCGUAGUGUCGAUGGUCGCAUGCUGUACAAUGAGGUGCCGCUUCCUCUAGAACAGGAGAAGGAUAUACACUGCGACAAGAAGACCCUCAAGUUCAUGCCUUGGCGCAUGCUGCGUCCCACACACAUCGUUGAUCUCAUGUACAACAUAGGCGAACUGUAUCCCAUGCAGAGUCGUCAGGCUCUGCAGUAUCUGCGACUUUACUAAAGUUCUACAUUUUUUUUGUUUUACUAUUCAUCUAAAUUGCGCUGUUAAUCGAAAUAAAUAUGCAAAUUCGAGUUCAAACUUAA